AUGGCCAUGGCCUCUAUGAGUAUGAUCGAACCAGACUACCGGACCUGGUCCCAUUUUCCUAUCCAACAAGCCCCGAUCUACAGACAAGCACCCUAUACACCACCACCGCCGCCAUACUACACGAUUCCCAAUGCCGGAUGCUCUCCUGCCGUCUCCUUCGUCCCAUACUUCCCUCAGACCCCCGUCCUCAACUCAAUACAACACGUCCACAACGAAUACGACGGGUUCGUAAACGGCGUGAUCAGCGACGUCCUCAUCCGCGUCGACGAUGGCUUUACUUAUAAACACCCCGUACACGAUGAAAAGAUCCUCCCCUCAACCCACUAUGCCCCCUCCACCCCCGAGCCAAACCUCAUGUGGGGAUCCGACGUCUCCUUCGGCCCAAACGGCUACCACCCGGACCCAGCAUCCUCGCCCGAAAUCAAAGCCGAGCAAGACCCAGCCCCUUUAUACGGACUGCAGGUGCAAGAAGUGCCAGCCUGUGAUUCACAAAGCGCAACGCCAUCGCCGAGCCAAACGCCCAAGUUAAAACCCCAGCCCGACCCCGAGACACCGACACCGACACCGACACCGACACCGACACCGACGCCUCCGACUCCGACCCUCCCCUCAGACAACCCAGAAGACCUGCUCCAGCAAUCGCCCGAGUUCGCAGACCUAGCGCGAGGCGGGCAGAAGAUAACGGGCAAGAAGCGCCGACGGCUGCUGCAUAUCAUCGCCGAGCGGAACCGGCGCCUGCAUCAGAAUAAGAUGUACGAGGAGCUGUAUAGCAUGGUUCCCGGGCUGGAGAACAGCUCGCGCUCGACGAAGAGGGAGGUCCUGUUUCGGACGGCGGACUUUCUGCAGGAUCUGCUUGGCCAGAACCAACGGCUUCAGCGGCAGUUGGCGCAGUUGUCGGUACCGAAUACACAUACACAUCAAGGGUAUAUGCUGGCGUAG